AUGCCCAACAAGUUCUACCAUGGCCGAACUGGGCGUGUAUGGAACAUCACCAAGCACGCUAUUGGCGUGGAGGUUAACAAGCAGGUUGGGAACCGCAUCAUUAAGAAGAGGAUUCAUGUUCGUGUGGAGCAUGUCCAGCCCUCUAGAUGCACUGAGGAGUUCAGAAAUAGAAAGUUAAGGAACGAUAAGCUCAAGGCCGAGGCCAAGUUGAAGGAUGAGGCCAUCAGCACCAAGAGGCAGCCAGAGGGUCCCAAGCCAGGUUUCAUGGUCGAAGGAGCUCAGUUGGAAACUGUCACCCCCAUUCCUUAUGAUGUUGUCAACGAUCUUAAGGGUGUCAACUCUAUAUUCGCUCAGGUUAUUACUCUUGAGGAUGUAAUAAAGGGAAUGAAGAUCAUGAGGGUGACUUUGAUAUAUUUGUCACAUCUUGAUCACGAGGACACGAAAAAGCUGAUGCUAAAGAAGCUAAGCAAACAAUAA